AUGAGCAUGAAACUUGUUUGGGUCUGGGGCAUCCUCUACUUUCACUUGAGUCUACUUACCGCAAUUACUACAUGCCUGCCAUUCGAGGAUGGCAAUAAUAAUAAUGUCAAGAUAAAUGGCCAAAGUUUAGAGCUAACACAGACUAUCAAUAUACAACGUCAGGAAUAUUUGCAAAGGCAAUGCGAUCUCUGGUCAAAUGAUAUGGAGAAAUCACAAUCCCUGGACGAUUUGACCGAAUUCCAAAUGGAUCAUAUGAUUGUGGAUCAGGAGCAUAAAUUACUAUAUUGCUAUGUACCCAAGGUGGCCUGUACGAACUGGAAACGUGUUCUGAUGUUGCUCACUGGUAAAUGGCACAAUGGCACCGAUCCAUUACAGAUUCCCGGGUCUCUGGCCCAUUCGAUUGGAAUGUUCACCAAGUUCUAUGAUCUAACUGAAGAGGAGCGGCUAAAGGUGCUUGGUGAAGAUUAUACGCGAUUCAUAUUGGUGCGACAUCCGUUCGAGCGAUUACUGUCUGCAUAUAGAAACAAACUGGAAGGUGAUGCCCCAAGUGCACGUUACUUUCAAUCUCGUGUGGGUAGGCAAAUAAUCAAAGAAUUAAGACCAGGUGCCACCAAUGAAUCACUGAGUCUGGGCGAUGAUGUACAAUUCGGAGAGUUUGUACAGUAUUUACUUACACCCGAAUUGAGUAGAACGAAUCAAACGGAAUACAAUGAACAUUGGGAGGUCAUUGCCAAGCUCUGUAAUCCUUGCGUGAUGAAGUAUAAUGUGGUUGGCAAAUAUGAUACAUUACUUGAUGAUUCCGCUUUGGCUUUAUAUCUGGCCGGAGCACAAAAUUUAACAUUCCCUACCGGCCAUAAGCCAUCCAGUACUCGUGCCAAUUUGCGUAAUUAUUUUGAUCCCUUACCGAUCGGAGCUAUACGACGUCUGUAUGAGAUCUAUGAGGAAGAUUUCCGUCUAUUUGACUAUGGCAUGGAUGAUGUUCUGGGCUUUGAAUUUGGCUAAAACUUGCUUAUAAUUUGAACUAAUCGAUAAAACCGUACAAACAACAUUUGUGAUUUAGAACUAGGCAUUAUAUCUUAUUUAGUUAAGUUUAACAAAUUGUAACGAGUUCAAGGCGAAUAUUAGUUAAUAGACAUUAUUGAAUUGUUGUCGAAUUGUUGUACCAAAACUCGUAAUACUAUUGUUAAAAUAUAUUUAAAUGGUUAAACCUUUCCCAAAAAAACACAAAAACCAGAUUAGCUGCCUAUUUCCCCCGAUAUUAUUUUACAAUUAUUAGCAGAUUUAAAAUUAUUGGCAAAAAUAAUAUGAAAAGAUAGAAUUAACAACUUAAACGCUUUUAUUAUCCAUUUAAGAAACUUUAAGAGUUGUUUUCACUUAGUAGGGUAGACAGAUGUAAUGAGCUUUUCGCUGUUGAAUUAUAGCAACAAAUUUUCCAAAUAUAAAGAGAAAAUUGUAAACUUCAGCACUUUACAAAAAUAUUUAAGACUUCAUUUAACAUAUUUGAAUUGGUUUUUGACUACAAUUUAAAUACAUUUUUAUCCAAAAA